UCAAAAGCACCCACGAUCGUUACCAACACCUUCGGUUCCGAAAAGGGAGGAAUCGACAUCGAAAUUGACACGGGGAACGGAGGAGGGGACAAAUUUGACGACAGGAGCGGCGGCGGAGACGAUAGUGGGAGUAAAGGAGAAGGGGAGUUCUCGGACGACGGUGGGAAUAGAAAGAUGGCUUUGUCUAUGUCACAGAAAUGGACUCUUGGCUAUUCUCCUCUCGUCGGAGUGGGUGGUGCUAUGGGCUAUAUGAAGAGUGGCAGCCAGAAAUCGCUUGCGGCAGGAGGAUUGUCGGCCGCCGUGCUCUAUUAUGUUUAUACUCAGCUUCCCACAAAUCCAGUUUUCGCCUCAUCCAUUGGGCUUGGUAUAUCUGCUGCACUUUUGGGAGUGAUGGGCUCCCGUUUCAAGCGAUCGGGAAAAGUCUUCCCUGCUGGUGUUGUAUCAGUUGUGUCGCUUGUGAUGACAGGGGGCUACCUACAUGGCAUCAUGAGGAGUUUGCACUAGUGUGAAGCAGUAGUCAUGUUAUGCUUACACCACAUGGUAUUUUGGUAUAUAGCUAGCCAUGUAUAAUGCUUCGCUGUGUCUCGUAACUUUUUAAGUUGUGAACUUCUUUUAGACCAUCACCAUCGAGCAACGUGUUUCGGCACUCGGUUGCUUUUGUAUUUGAACGCCUUUUCC